AUGAGUUCACUGUCGAGCCCUUUCACAAAUUUGGUGGAGUCCUCUGUUCUUCGUGAAUCAAGUUACAAUGACAACGAAGUGACAGUUUUAAGGUCCUUGAUAGACAAAACCUGUAAAUCUGGAUAUGUUGAAUUGAAAAAGCUCAUUCGCAAUCUUAAUUUACCUUCCUCACAUCCUUUGCGUAAAAGUUUGUGGCCACAACUUUUAUCGGUUAGAUACUCUAUAAACAUCCAGGUUCCUGACUCAGAUAUGCAGAGCAAUGAUAUUUCACCAGAAAAUAUCGCAACUAUUGAUAAUACCUCUAUGGCUGGUUAUGAAUUUUCCAACCAAAUGUUAUUACCUACAUUCUUCUUGAACUCACUAGGUCGGAAGUGUUUGCGAAUGAUAUUACACAGCAUUUUCAUUGAGCGUCCAGAACUAGUUUAUGCUCCACAGUUAUGGCCGUUGACAGCAUUAUUUCUACACUACAUGCCUAUAACAGUUACUCGUAAAUGCAUACUGACUUUAUUAGAUCAACCGGGCGUUUUGAUCCAAACAAAAUCUAGCUGGAAGGAACACUGUUUAGCAUUGGAAGAGCUGGCUUAUAUGUGUAACUUAUUACGCAGGAUGAAUCGAAAACGGAAGGAAACAUUGUCUUAUGCACCAAACAAAAAUAAUGACAACAUAUGUAAAACGGAUGUUAUGCAACUCCAGUUAGCACGCUGGUGUUUAUUACUUUGGCAGUUACCUUUUGACCAUCUCGUUUGCUUGAUCGACAGCUUUUUGUUGGAAGGCCCGAAAGUAUUUUAUCGUGCUGGUUUAAUUAUUCUUAAAGUGUCUUUAUCUGGAAUUCAUAAAGAGGUAGGCAGUGCAAAUAAUAGGAUCGUCAAAAACGAUGAUACUUCUCAAGUAGUUUUACAUCUGGAGGAAACAUUCAAAUACAUUCCAUUCACACCGUCAAAAUUAAUGAGGAAAAUGUUUACUUUUCGUAAUUUUAGUCGUACAAAAAUCACGGAAGCACUUAAAAACACUCAAUAUCUAGAAGUGAAUUUCGAUUUUGAUAAGGAGUUGGUUCAAGUUUGUAAUAAAACAGAGAGGAGUACUUUUGCUGCUUAUUUACUUGGUGAUAAUGCCAUGAACACUCAUCCAUCUGAAUGCAUAUCAAGCAAAGAAUUAGCCUCAGUAAUCACAUCAAUUGAAGAUCACGGUAAUAGUCUGCGCACAUUUUAUGCCAAAGCAGCAGAAACACAAAAUCCUGCAACAAUCCUGUUAGUACGCAGUUCAUCUAAAAGUAGUAUUAUUGGAGCUUUUUGUUCAGAUAGAUGGCAACCUCGUGCUGAAUCUACAUACUAUGGAAAUGGUUUCUGCUUUUUAUUUCGUAUCAAACCUGGCCCUUUUGUUAUUUAUAGGUGGAUUGGUUCAGGAUCAGAUGAUCAAACAAUCAUAAAUUCACCCCAGUAUCAACGUUUUCAACGAUCUUCAAAUAAUGGUAUCGAAAUUGGUGGGAGUAUGACUAGUGGACCUCCAGGUUUGAGCUUAGACAGUUGUCUCACUACAGCUUCAACUGGUCCGAGUUCAACUUUUUCUAAUCCAUGCCUAAUUAGUGAUCCUACUGAUUUAACGCAUACAAUUCAGUGUGAAAAUGGACAAAUUGGCUGCAUGUUCACUGUCGGUUUAGUUGAACUAAUAGGUUUUACUGAUCUCUAA